UGAAGCAGCGAAGAGAGACACACACGGGUCUGAGUCACCAGUGUCUGAAAACGCCAGGACCGCCUGCACCUGCCCACCCACCCCCGUCUCCACCAGGACCCCUCUGCACCUGCCCAGUCUCCGCCAGGACCCCUCCGCACCUGCCCACCUGCCCCGUCUCCGCCAGGACCCCGUGAAUCACAACAGGAUGACGGCGGCGACGAAGCUCCUGGACGAGAUGUGCUUGUUGACGGCACAGUCUCUGAUCUCCAUGGAAACGGCAGAUCACUUCCAGGUCCUGAAGAUGUUAGGAGAAGGGUCCUACGGGAGGGUCAUGCUCGCUGUGCACAAGAAGAGAGGCACCCCAAUGGCCCUGAAGUUCUUCCCCCGUGAGUCCACCUCCAUUGUGUCGUUCCUUCGAGAGUAUAACCUCUCUCUUUCCUUCUGCACCCAUCCCUCACUCACCCGCGCCCUGGGCAUCGCCUACAGCACCCCCUCACACUACGUUUUCGCCCAGCAGGCCAGUCUGUUUGGAGACCUCUACGACGUCAUUAUACCCGAGGUGGGUGUGGAGGAGCAGACCUGUCAGAGGGUGGUCUCUCAGCUGUGUGGAGCUCUGUCCCACCUGCACAGUCUGGGCUUCGUCCACAGAGACCUGAAACCAGAGAACGUGUUCCUGUGUGAUGCUGCCUGCCGCUGGGUCAAACUGGGAGACUUCGGCAUGGUCAAACCCAGAGGCACUAAGGUCCCAGAGGUGUGGUAUAGCUCUCCAUACUGCCCCCCAGAGGCAGAGGUGGCUCGGUUUAACGCAGACAGCUGGAGCUCCGAAGGUGGAGGAGAGGGUGGAGGAAGAGAGGAGCGGCCCAAACGCGUGUGGGUCCCCGUGGAGCCCUACACAGACAGCUGGGCUCUGGGCAUCCUCACCUAUGCCAUGCUAACAGGAAGCCAUCCCUGGUCCGAAACGGCGAGCGACUGCAGAUCCUAUCUCAAAUACAAGGAGUGGUUCGACUCUGAGAAAAGCCCAGAAGACGAGCUCGAUGUUUGGGCUUGUGAAGGAGAGGGGCAGGGGCAAAAGAUCCGUGGAGUUCCAAUAGCCCCUCAGUUCAGCUGCUUUACCCCUCUGGCUUGUACGUACUUCCAGGCGUUAUUAGACCCCAGGCCGAAGCACCGCGGAAAGCCCGAAGACAUGCUGGCGUUCCUGGGAGGGGAGUGGAUGAGGGAGGCGGAGAGGGAGAGGCUGGACCAGGAGAGACGGAGCAGAUCAGCCGUCAGUAAUGUCAAAGAUCUGGAGGGGAGGAGAGAACGCUGAGAAACUUUGACAAACUUUGUUGAAACAAAAGAGGAAUGACUUGGACACAGAAGCUCAAAUACACAAAACAAUUCAAACAUCUUCUGAGUGCUUUUAUGGCCUGCACUGGAAGGAGACAAGCAGCGAUACCACCAAGUUAAGAUGUCAGAUUAGUGGACAGUAACAAGAUUGAAAAGUUAUAGGUUAAGCCAUAGCAUCUCAAUGGAAACAGAUAGAAGAGCGUUUAACAGAAAAGUUGACAGUGCAAAAAAAAGCUUCUGUAGCAAUCCAUCCAUAUUCAUCCCUUCUCAGCAGUGCUGCCUUGGGUCUUCCCUGGGGUCUCCUCCCAGGAAGAGACACCCGAGCCUCAGCAGCUCCUCUUGACGUGAAGAAACAGCGGCUCUGCUCUGAGUUCCACCUCCUGUGUGAAUGAACACCAUCAUCUUCAGUCGCCUACAUACAAGAGCAAACGUUUUAGUCGUGUCUCCAAAGCGACUCCCAGGACACACACCGCAUGUUUGUCCGUGUUCCGCAGUGCGCUCACCUGCGUCAUGAAACGGUCCACUCCUGAGUGUUGGCUUUAAAAAUUAUGUCCAUGUUAUUGUUCGGGGCACUUGCAUCUUCCAGCAUGACAGAAACCAUGUCUAAUGCUGCAGCAGUAUCAGCUCCUCUGCUGUUUAGUACACCCCCUUAUAUGAUGCUAACAGUGCUCACUGGUUUACUGAAGUAGCAUUCACAAAGCAGGAUGAUUGUUGGCAAUAUUCGUCACAUUUUCACAGAGAAACCUGAAGUGGCUUAUCAGCAUGAUUGGGGUGUAAUAUCUUUAAGCGACGCUGUAAUUUAUUUGGCUUCAGGCUGUCCAUUGCCAACAUUUUUAGACACAGUAAACACAGCGGACUUUCCUCAUUUCCUGCCAUAGUCACAGUGAAGCCGAGCGCUACAUACACUUUACAUACAGGUUGUUCUCUGCACUUCCUGCUCUGUGCUGUGUGUGUGUACGUUUGGUGCAAAAAACCUGACACUAUAGCACUAAUACUGCCUGUGCACACUCUGACAAUGAGAGUGUCACUGCCAACUAUUGUAGUGGAUGUGCAAUUACACUUUAUUCUAGUACGGCAAAAAAAUAAAUAAAUACAUUUUUAAAAAAAAAAGCAUGUUCCCCGAGGUCACAUGCACCCCCUGGUAUUGACCCACUAUUUGAGAACUACUGCUCUAAAGUUACUUGUAUCUGCAAUCUAAAAACAUACAUUUAUGGAGUAAUCUGAAGUAGUCUACAUUAUGUUAUGGACAGCUGAACUUCUAAGAAUAUUUUGAAAUACUAGUACUGUGGACACCCAGGAUUUUUGACCUUCCAGAGACAGUCUCACGUGGCCUUGGACUGGUCUUGGAAAGCACUGUUUUGUGGUGAGUUUUUUACAUUCAUAAAAAAGUUGUCAUGGAUAUGAGUAAAUGAUCUGUGUGGUUCAAAUAUUUAAAACUGCAUUAAAACCAUAUUUAAGUGUAACAGGUGCAGCGAGAGUGGAGAGCCCUGUAAAUCCAUUGGGGUUUUAAAACAUGUAGUUCUAUUUAGGUCUGUGAAAUAUACUGUGUGUCAUAUAGGAGGCUUGUAAACAGAGUGAAGAGAUGUUACAUAAAGUUGAAAGGGAAAUGUCUGCCUAGUUUCACUGCAGUAAACUCCUCACACGGCAACACCUCAGUAUCUCAAGUACAGAUUUCAGCUAUUACAUUAAGUUGGACAAUAACAAAAAUUAAUUAUUAUGACAAUCAAUGUGUUAAAACAUUCCUUGAAAAAUUGAAUGUGCUGUAAGAUUAUUCAAAAAUAAUGCAGAAAUAUCACUUUAUACCUGUGAUUAUUUUUCAAUUUUGAACCGAUUUUAUGUGGUAUACGGCGCUCAAAAAUCUGUCAAACUGUUUUAGUACAACUUUGAUAAACUACGAAGCCACACCACUUAAUGGAUUGUUGGAGCAUUACGGCUACUGAAGUCAGGAGCCUCACAGAGUUGUGUCCUUUAGUCUGACAGAAGCUGACCGCAUCAGCAGCACAAAGAGUGACCUGUUUUUUCAGCUCUUAUAUUUUAUGCAAAUUAGCCAUGUGGUUUUAAAUUUUGUUUCUGUAAACGUAAACAAAUGUGCGUAAAGCUACAUUAAACACAUUAUUACUCAAUGUACAUUUGAGUUCUCCUCGUAAGAAAUAAAAAACUAACUUAAAUUAUCCACCCACAUUCAUAAUCGACAUUCACCAAGACAGAGAGACAACGCUGGGCGAAUUACGCCACGAUCUGCAAGUGGAUCAUGGAUGUCUAGGCUAACAGAUCAUUCUCAAGUGUCGUCCGUUUGUUUCACUUAAUGCGCCUUAUAAUCCAGUGCACCUUAUGUAUGAAAUAAAAAAAAUAAAAAAGGCGAAAGCGACUGACUGAAAAACUGCUAAUGCGAGCAAGUCUAACAAGCCUCAGAUACAGCAGUGCCUACAGUUACCAUCACAGCCCCAGGGAAUGCUGAUGACGAAAUUUUGCAUGUAUCCAAAACAAUAAUUUUAACUUUGAUAUAUCUCCAACCAUUUAUGAUAUCAAAAAACUAUGUAUAACUUUAAAAACUACAAGAAAGAGAGAGAAACACAGUAAAAAUUCACAAUUCAGUUCUUUUAUUUAAAUGUAUAUAUAUAUAUUUUGCUGUGCAGUGUGAGCAGAGGAUCUAAUGUCACUGUGUUGAGUUUUAGCGUGAGUGUAUGUGUUUAUAAGUGUGAUAUACGUUUAUACAGGGUUUAUACAGACAGCACUUAUUGACAGAGAGCACUAACAAACUGUAAAUGUACAAAUUUAAGAAAUGCACAUGUUUUUAUAGCUCUGACCAGGAUUUUUUGUCCAUUCUUUUUCAGUUUUGUACAAUCACACUUUUCUGGUGCUUUUAAAUAUGACUUCUACUUUGUGUUUUGCAACAUUUGUAAAU